AUGGACGGAGGAAAGGCACCGGUAGAUGGCUCCGAAGAGGAUGAACAUGAAAAUGCGCGGAUUUACCUGCCGGACCAGGUUCUCGAUGAAAUUGAGGACGGCAACAAUUCCCUGCCAAUUUACAUGGGAGCAGCAGCACUAUGUUGGACCCUUGGCUCGAUGCCCCUGAUGGCAUCGAGUUUCACGGCCGAUACAAAUAAUGCCACCAUGGAGACGCUUGUCUCGGAGUUCAACCUUACCGACUCCCGUGCGUACCUCGCCGAUCUUCCCACUUCUGCCUAUAUGGCUGGGAAUAUGAUUGGAGGGCUGUUUUUGACUACUGCUAGCGAUAGAUGGGGCCGUCGUCCCGUCCUUGUCUCGACUCUCAUUCUCUUCUGGAUCUCAGGGCUGCUGGCCGCCCUCUCCCCCUCAAUACUGGUCUUUGGCAUUCUACGCGGCUUUCAAGGGUGCUUUUAUACGGGUUCAACAAUUACUGCCUGGGUGGCCGGGUAUGAGAUGACGCCCACGCGACUUCGCGGCAGGACGACAUUUUUGUUUGGGAUGGCUUGGGUAAUCGGUUAUACCCUCGUCGCUCCUCUGGCCUAUGUAAGUACAUCUUGGCGAUGGCUACUCGUCUAUACCGUAAUCCCAUCAAUCCCAUUUUCAUUUUGGGCGUUGCGUUAUUACCCGGAAACCCUGCAUUUUCUGGCAAAUCGAUCAAGGGUCCACGAGAUGGAGGGCUGGUUGCUAAAGAUCUCAAACCGUGAAAAGCUACAAAUUCAGGCUAGCCAGAUUCGAUGCCAGGCCGUUCAAGAAAAAAUCGACGUCUGGCGAGAAAUUUGGAAGCACAAGAUUUUCCUACUGUACAGCGUAAUUAUGAUUUAUUUAUGGGUUUGCGAUACCUUCACCUACUUCGGUCUAUCCCUCUACAGUACCCAGUUAUCUGAAGGGAAAUGGGCCAGUUACGUACUGAUGGGAGCUGUCGAAGUACCGGCCUAUAUUUUCACGCCUACCCUACUGGACAGGUUUGGCCGUCGUACCAUCGUGGCAUCAAGCCAUUUCUUGGCGGCCCUGGCUUUUUUCACCUUGCUUUGUAAGCCGGGUGAAUGGCUAGUACUCUCAAUCUGGCUGAUCGGAAAAUCGGCGAUCACUCUGUCUUUCAUGGCACUUUUUGUGUAUGCUAGCGAGGUCUUCCCCACCAACAUCAGAAACGCUUCCGUCGGAAUGUGUGCUGUUAUCGCGAGGAUUGGAGGGAUUGCAGCACCACAGAUCAAGAAUAUGACCCACAUCUCCGAAAACCUCCCGGAAGUCGUGCUCACCGUCAUCUGCCUGAUUGCAGCGUGUGCCACCCUGUUGCUACCGGAAACUGCCUGCAAGCCACUGCCCGCCUCAAUUUUGCAGAGUGUCGAGAAGCCGACUGCGAAAUUGAUUGGAAACUCGGAAAAGUUGGAAACUGUA